CAGUACAUAGUGUCCCUUAUAGGAGCUUGCUUUCAGUGUUGUCGGUGUCUUGGAUGGUCAGUGUCUCGAAGAGAAUUUAAUCUAAUACGGUGUGGCGUUUCAGUAGGGGGUACUGUACGGCAGCCAUGCGUUGCUUGGGAGCCACUGUCAUUUUCUCUCUAGUGUUGCAGACAAUGUCUGCAGGGUUGGAGGACUGGCAGACGGCCAAAUCCAUAUAUGACUUCACUGCAACGGACAUAGACGGAAAUGACAUUUCCCUGGAAAAAUACAGGGGGAAUGUCGUCAUCAUCACCAAUGUAGCCUCUAAAUGAGGCAAAACCCCCGUAAACUACUCUCAGUUUGCUCAAAUGCACGCCAAGUACACUGAGAAAGGUUUAAGCAUCCUGGGUUUUCCAUCUAACCAGUUUGGACGCCAGGAGCCAGGCACCAACUCCCAAAUCAAAGAAUUUGCCAAGUCUUACAAUGCACACUUUGAUAUGUUCAGUAAGAUUGAUGUGAAUGGACAGACCGCCCACCCUCUGUGGAAGUGGCUGAAGCAACAACCCAAUGGCAGAGGAUUUCUGGGAAAUGGCAUCAAAUGGAAUUUUACAAAGUUCCUCAUUGAUCGUCAGGGCCAGGUUGUGAAGAGAUAUUCCCCAAUGCAAGAUCCAAGUGUGGUCGAGGCGGAUCUUGCCAAAUAUCUCUAAAUUGUAUUAUUUUCUUGCUAUCGAAUUACCCAAUGCUGGGACGUCUCCUCUCUACCUUCUCUCUUACUGACAGCUGGGCAUCAGGAUGAUGUCAUCUCAUGGACUAAUGAUGGUGUGUUUUUAAACCCGACUUGAGGAAAAAACAGACCUGAUGCAUGUGGCGUGCAAACCCCUGGGAACAGUACCAAUGUCCAGUGAUCAGUGUCAAGAGAGACCCCUACUCCUUUAACCGUCCCUAUGCAUUUACAUAAAAUUAUCUACAUUUAUUUAGAGACAAGCAUGUUAGUGUUAAAUGUGUUAAUAAACUAACAGACUCAGUCA